CGCUGAAAGGUGGCGGCGGCGGCGGCCUUAGAGCAGCGGCAUCGCGGCAACAUGUGGCGGUCCCUGCCCGCGCUCUGGGCCGCGCUGGCGCCGCUGCUCUGCGGCUGCGCGCUGGCGCUGCGCGGGGGGCUGCUGUACCCCCGGGAGAGCCCCUCUCGGGAGCGCAAGGACCUCGGCGGCCUCUGGAGCUUCCGUGCCGAUCUCUCCGACUGCCGGUGCCGGGGCUUCGAGGAGCAGUGGUACCGGCGUCCGCUGCGGGAGUCAGGUCCCACUCUGGACAUGCCAGUCCCCUCCAGCUUCAAUGACGUGGGCCAGGAUGGGCAGCUGCGGAACUUCAUUGGCUGGGUGUGGUACGAACGGGAGGUGACCCUACCCCAGCGGUGGACUCAAGAUCUAAGCAUAAGAGUGGUGCUGAGGAUUGGCAGCGCUCACUACUAUGCCAUCGUGUGGGUGAAUGGGGUCCACGUGACAGAGCAUGAAGGAGGCCACCUCCCCUUUGAGGCUGACAUCAGCAAGCUGGUCCAUAGUGGGCCCCAGGACUCCUGUCGAAUUACCAUCGCCAUCAACAACACACUCACCCCCCACACCCUGCCGCCAGGGACCAUCCGCUACCCAAAUGAUGCCUCCAAGUAUCCCAAGGGUUACUUUGUCCAGGACAUAAACUUCGACUUCUUCAACUACGCGGGGCUGCAUCGGCCGGUGCUCCUUUAUACCACACCCACUGCUUACAUUGACGACAUCACCGUCAACACUGAUGUGGACCAGGACACUGGGCUGGUGAGUUACCAGAUAUCUGUCCUGGGAAGCGAACACUUUGAGUUGGAAGUGCGACUUCUGGAUGAAGACGGCAAAGUUGUGGGCCAGGGGUCAGGGGCCCAGGGCCUGCUGCUGGUGCCUGCUGCCCACCUCUGGUGGCCAUACCUGAUGCAUGAGCACCCUGCCUACCUCUACUCACUAGAGGUGCGGAUGACCUCUCAGGCUGCACAUGGGUCCGUGUCUGACUUCUACACGCUCCCCGUGGGGAUCCGCACGGUCCGUGUCACACACAACCAGUUCCUCAUCAACGGGCAGCCUUUCUACUUCCACGGGGUCAACAAACAUGAGGAUUCAGACAUCCGAGGGAAGGGCUUUGAUUGGCCACUGCUGGUGAAAGACUUCAACCUGCUUCGCUGGCUGGGGGCCAACUCGUUCCGCACCAGCCACUACCCCUAUGCAGAGGAGGUGAUGCAGCUGUGCGACCGCUAUGGGAUCGUGGUCAUCGAUGAGUGCCCCGGCGUGGGCAUCGUGCUGCCCGAGAGCUUCGGGAACGAGUCUCUGCAGCACCACCUGGAGGUGAUGGAGGAGCUGGUGCGCCGGGACAAGAACCACCCAGCUGUGGUGAUGUGGUCUGUGGCCAACGAGCCGUCUUCCUCCCUGAAGCCGGCUGGCUAUUACUUCAAGACGCUGAUCGCCCACACCAAAGCCCUGGAUCCUUCUCGGCCAGUGACCUUCGUGACCAACUCCAACUAUACAUCAGACCGCGGGGCUCCAUACGUGGAUGUGAUCUGCGUGAACAGCUACUUCUCAUGGUAUCACGACUUCGGGCACCUGGAGGUCAUCCAGCCACAGUUGCAGACCCAGUUUCAGAGCUGGCACGAGACUCACCAGAAGCCCAUCAUCCAGAGCGAGUACGGGGCGGAGACCAUCCCGGGCUUCCACCAGGACCCCCCACUGAUGUUCAGUGAGGAGUACCAGAACAGCCUGUUGCAGCAGUAUCAUUUGGUUUUGGACCAGAAACGCAAAGAGUAUGUGGUCGGAGAGCUCAUCUGGAAUUUUGCUGACUUCAUGACUAACCAGUCACCCACCAGAGCACUAGGAAACAGAAAGGGGAUCUUCACUCGCCAGAGACAGCCCAAAAAUGCGGCCUUCCUUUUGCGAGACCGAUACUGGAAACUUGCCAAUGAAACCAGGUACCACCACUCAGCGCCCACGUUACAGUAUUUUGGAAUCAGACCGUUUACUUUUUAAAGCCAGAAUGGCCUCUCUACGGAAGACACCCCAGCCCCAUCAUCCCCAGUGAAGGGGCAGGACAGCGUCCACCCCACUGCCCACCCAUCCAGCACUGCCUCCUGACUAUUCUCUGCUGCAGACACCUCUGGUCGGGACUUGCAGUGAUGCUAGGGGGGCACACAAGGCUUUUCCGGUAUGGAAUAAAGAGUGAGUAUGCCUUAAA